AUGACUCCCCGGCAUGAGCAUCUGCUCGGGCUGCUUGCGACGGCUGGAGGAUCACUAACCUUCGUGGUGGUGGUUGUGGCAAUCGAGUGGCUGGAGCGAGAACACUGGCCUGCCCUGGCAAUGCUUGGCCUCGCCAACUGUGUUGUUUCCAUCGGUUUGCUGGCCUUGGUGCGACAACGAAAAACUCAGUGGCCGACCAAGCCCAGCCAGCGGGUUUGGCUGUUUGCCAGGGGCAUUUCCAGCGUUUUCGCACUGGCAUUCGCAGUGUUGGCUACUUUCUUCGACUGCCCAGCAGGUGAUACGAUGGCAAUCUCGAGCACCAACGUCUUCGCAUCGGCUGUGUUGGGAUGCUUGCUGUUCGGCGAAGCCUUCGGGAAGCUGAAGGUGGCUUCCGUGUUCGUCACCACCUUUGGGGCAGUGCUGGUCGCGAAGCCAGAGUUUAUCUUCACCACUGUGACGGAGCAGCCCUACCUCGGCUACAUGUUUGCUGCUGCGUCCGGAUUGGGACUAAGUGGCAUCAUUGUGUGCUGCAGAAAGCUCGGGAACGAGGUAUCGCCACUGAUCUCCGCCAUUUCCUCGACGUCGCAGCGUGGUGCCUCGCUCCUUCUACUUGCUGUGCUGCCUCUGUGGGAACGGGACCUGAGCGCCUCACUGGAGAAGCUCCACCAUCAUGCAGGCUGGGCUGUUCUCUGGAUCCUCGGCGUGGCCAUCGUGCUGGCCGUUCAAGUCACUCUCUUGAGCUUGGGCUCUUCCAUGGCGCCGGCAGGCGCCUCUGGAGUCGUCGUGACAUGCGGAGACAUCUUCUUCGGAUAUAUCGGGCAAAUCUUGGUGUUUGGCAUCCUGCCCGAUGCAGUGACACUAGCAGGAGUGGUUCUGCUGGUUGGCUCCGUGCUGAUGAUCAUGAUGGAUACUGUGGCGGCGAGAUCUACCCUUACGCCCUUGGAGCCCGAAGCCACGAAGGCUUCCGACGAUGGCUCUUUUGGGAGAGAUGCCGGUUCUCCACCAGAAGAAGGUUGCAAGGAUCUACCCCCGAAGGUUGCCUGUGCUGCGUGCUUGCCCUGGUAG